AGCCGAGGCGUUGACGUCACCGGAGCCCGGUCUCCGCCGCCAUUGGAGUUCGAAGGCUCCUCCGGCUGCCUGAGAGUCUCCUUUGCCUUCCGGCCUCUCCGGUUUUUUCCUCCGGGAGGCGGCGGCCAGGAUAUAGAAGUCUCGAGGCUAAGAGCCGGGGAAAGCGAGAGGAAGGACCGGCGAGCGCGCAACAGCAGCAGCGGCUGGCCUUUUCUCUUUUCUCCUCCCACCCCCCUCCCCAUCUCCUUGUGUGUGCGCGCGCGCGCGUGUGUGUGUGUGUUCGUGAGUGAAGGCGAAGGAUGUGAGGGAAGAAACGAGCGCGCGCACGGACGAGCCAGCGCGCGUGCGCGCGGCCCUCUUUUCCCCCCUCCCUCCUUCCCUUGACCUAACGCUCCCGCUCCCCUUUCUCACUCCCACCUUCCCACGCGCCCCCGCGCGUGCGCAUAGGCCCCCUUCUCUGGAGGGGGGUUACAGGAGCAGAGGAGGGAGGGAAAGAGCGCGCGCUCCUGCCUGGCGUGGCCCCGCCCCUCCACUCCUUCCCUUUCCCCCUCCCAACCCCCCCCUCCCCUUUAUUUCAGGGCGCAUGAGAGAUGUCUGCCACUAGCGUUGACCCCCAGAGAGCGAAAGGUCAGGAUAAUAAAGUGCAAAAUGGUUCUCUUCAUCAGAAGGAUACAGUGCAUGACAAUGAUUUUGAGCCUUAUCUUUCUGGACAGUCAAAUCAGAGCAACAGCUAUCCAUCAAUGACCGAUCCCUACUUGUCCAGUUAUUAUCCACCUUCUAUUAGCUUUCCCUACUCACUGAGUGAAGCUCCCUGGUCAACUGGAGGAGACCCUCCUAUCCCAUACCUUACAACCUAUGGACAGCUGAGUAACGGCGAUCACCACUUCAUGCACGAUGCUGUGUUUGGACAGCCUGGCGGAUUGGGCAACAACAUUUAUCCACACCGGUUUAAUUUUUUCCCCGAAAACCCUCCUUUCUCAGCAUGGGGAACGAGCGGCUCUCAGGGGCAGCAGACCCAGAACUCGGCUUACGGAAGCAGCUACAGUUACCCACCUAGCUCCCUUGGGGGUACAAUUGUGGAUGGGCAAACGGGAUUUCAUAACGAUACUUUGAAUAAAGCGCCUGGGAUGAAUAGCAUCGAACAGGGAAUGGUUGGACUGAAGAUCGGCGGGGACGUCACGGCUUCCGCCGUGAAAACCGUAGGCUCGGUGGUAAACAGUGCCGGGAUGGCGAAUGCGUUGUCUGGCAACGGCGGAUCAAACCUCAACCUGCCGGUAUCAAAGCCAACCUCUUGGGCUGCUAUUGCUAGCAAACCUGCGAAACCCCAGCCCAAAAUGAAAGCGAAAAGCGGGCCUGUAAUAGGAGGGGCUUUGCCUCCGCCGCCUAUCAAACAUAACAUGGACAUAGGUACUUGGGACAAUAAAGGUCCCAUGCCCAAAAUCCCAACUCCUCAACAACCCAUCCCUUCUCCUCAGUCUAUCCCACAGCCGCAGAUCAUUCAGCCAAUUCCCACCCAGCCACCCCCGCUGACCCAGCUGCCCUACCAGAACCCUCAGCCGCCCCCGCCUCAAAACCGAUGGGUGGCACCUCGCAACCGCAAUGCAGCUUUUGGCCAAAGCGUAGGAACCGGUAACGAAAGCAACCCGCCUGGGAAUACCCCAACGAACACCAUCCCCGGCGGAGGAGGAGGAGGAGGCGGCGAGUCCCACCCCGUUCUCGAAAAGCUGAAAGCCGCCCACAGUUACAACCCCAAGGAUUUCGAGUGGAACCUCAAAAACGGACGCGUGUUCAUCAUCAAGAGUUACUCCGAGGACGAUAUCCAUCGUUCCAUCAAAUACUCCAUUUGGUGUAGCACAGAACACGGCAACAAACGUUUGGACAGCGCUUUCCGUUCUAUGAAUAGUAAAGGCCCGGUCUAUUUACUCUUCAGCGUUAACGGCAGUGGACAUUUUUGUGGCGUGGCAGAAAUGAAGUCGUCGGUGGACUACGGCACCAGUGCCGGCGUGUGGUCCCAGGACAAAUGGAAGGGGAAGUUUGACGUCAAGUGGAUCUUUGUGAAAGAUGUUCCCAACAACCAGCUUCGACACAUCAGGCUGGAGAACAAUGACAACAAGCCAGUGACAAACUCCCGUGACACUCAGGAGGUGCCCUUAGAAAAAGCGAAGCAAGUGCUUAAAAUUAUUGCUAUGUACAAGCACACGACCUCCAUCUUCGAUGACUUUUCCCAUUACGAAAAGCGCCAGGAGGAGGAAGAAGUGGUACGAAAGGUCACAAAAGGAAAUCACAUGACACCGCAACCGUCAUAAAUAGGAGUCAGUCGCCAAGAGACUGAAUUUUGAUCAUGGGGAUGCUGCAACGGUCGUAAGUGUGAACAAUGGUCCUAAUUUGCUUUUUUUCAGUGCCAUUGUAACUUAGAGCAGUCACUAAAUGAACGGUUAUAAGUCGAGGACUACCUGUAAGUGAAAUAUUAAUCGCUCACCCAUGCACGAGCAAGAUGUGUUUCUGCUUUAAAGAGACGUCUAUAAAAGAAACCCACGAUUGGCAGUUUUUUUGUUCCUUAUGUGGGAUAUUCUGGCUGCUACUUGAAGGAAGGGCUUAAAAAGUAUCCAUGUGGAAAUGAAAGCCUUUUAAACAAAUUGGAUGUUGGUAUCUCCUUAGCACAGGUAUGCAAAGCCUUACAAAUCCAGAAUGCCACAUUUUGUCUAAAUGCAAUUAUUUGAUGUUCAAAGUGGUCUGUUUCAACCUUUUUUUGAGGUGUUUCAAGCUCAUUAUGCUUUCAGAAUUAUUGAGCAAGCCUGUUUCAAACACAGAACAAUUGAUUCAACCUUGACAUGAAGUAUUUUGAAUUUGAAAUUUUGUACAGCACUCAUAUUUAGAAAAAAAAUUAUUAGUGUACUUCUCAAUUACAGGAGCUAUUUUCAUAUGUGUAAAAUUGAUUGAUUGUAACAUUAUUAAUACAAUAUUAUAAUACAUGCUCAAGCAUUAUGGCAAUGAUAGAUUUAACCAAAACCAAAAGAACCAUAAGGUUUUAAAAGGAAAAGACUAUAAAGACUAUAAAAUUCACCUGUAAAUGAGAUUUAAGGGCAUUAACAACUAAGCCAUAGCACAAAAUAGAAGCAUAGACUGUUUAGUUUCUCCAAAAUGCUGCAACAUAAGAAUUUAUCCUUAUUAAAAAAAAAUAAUUGCAAAUCACAGUAUGGUAGAACUCAUGAGUUUUCUCAGGAACUUGGCAUAAAAUAAAAAUGGAGGGUAAAAUAAGCACAAAAGUCAGAAGUGUGAGUAAACUAGAGUUACUGUAACAUUAAGUUCAUUGUUAAAAAUGAGAUCUGGGGAAUAUUUCUGUAUAUUUAUAUUAAACAGCCGCAUUUAGGUGCCUAUUAGGCUUACAGAAUUAAUUUCUUUUUAUCAGCUGCUGUUACAAUGGGUGGUUCUACUGCACUAUAUUGUAUCUCAGCUGCAGGUUUUCCACUGGUGUCAGGCUUAUAGUUACUGGUUUUAAGAGCUCUUUGGUCUACAUGUUGCCCAGGUAGAUUGCAGCAUCUAAUCAAGUAUGGCUGACUUAGCUUUCUAUUUGAAUACGACAUUAACUGGAAAGUUGGGGGUGUAUGCUGACUGGCAAAUAUAGAUAAAAAGCAAAGGCAAACUACAGAUGCUCCUUGACUUACGACCACAGUUGAGCCCAAAAUUUAUGUUGCUAAGCGAGAUAGUGGUUGGGUUUUGCCCCAUUUUACAACCUUUCUUGCCACGGUUUUUAAGUGAAUCACUGCAGCUGUUAAGUUAGUAACAUGGUAGUUAAGUGAAUCUGGCUUCCCCAUUGACUUUGUUUGUCAGGAGGUCGCGCAAGGGGAUCAUGUAGACCCCUGCAACCGUCAUAAAUUUGAACCAGUGGCCGAGCCUCCAAAUUCUGAUCGUGUAACCAUGGGGAUCCUGCAAUGGUCGUGUGCAAAACAGUCCUAAAUCACAAUUUUUAGUGCUAUUGUAACUUUGAAUGGUCACCAAAUGAACUUCUGUAAAUCAAGGACUACCUGUACUUUUCAUAUCACUCUGAGAAAGUGGCGGAAAUAUGGCAGUAUACGCCAUCAGGAAUGGAGUCCAGUUGAAGAUGACUUGUUAGUUUGUGAGCUUUAGAUAAAUAAGACCAGAGUAUUUCUGUCCUUUUUGUAAGCUUAGUUGAAAUUUCAGGUGGUACCUUUACUUCACAAAUCCCCUUAGGAACAGAAGAGAAUGUCUCCAACUGAAUAUUUGCUUGUAGAAUUUCAGUAUGCUUGCACCAGCUUAAAUUGUUUACACUGAAGCACAGAACAAAAUGAUCUCACCUUGCAUUGCAAUAACGACGUGACAGGUUAUUGUAUUUAAAUGGCAUUAUUUAUUUUGCAAAGAUGUUAUUUUAGCUACACCAUUAUCAAAUAUUUGCAAAUGAUUUACGGAACACAACAGAGCAAUUAGAUUUAGGCUGACACAUAAAUUAAUGCAUAUAACUGAUACCUACAGGCGAGAAAAGAAGCAGGUUUCUUGGUGCAAAACAAACUUGCCUUCUGGAUAGCAUUUUCUGCUUCUUUCACCUUAAAAGACCACCAUGGAUUGUGGCUUUGGAGUUACUGUAAUGUAAAAGCUUCCAUGCAGUUUUUUUUAGCACGAACAUGCUUUAGGCAGUCAAGUGUGUGGGCUGCAGUAAUUUUGUUUCUAAGGAGUGGUCAUCAGCCUGAGCAAUCUUGGAAGAUUACAUGUUUCGAGUACUACAUUUCCCUGUUUUUAAGAUCCUGUUCAGUUUCAGAAGUGAUGCAGAACCUGCAAAUGGCUGAGACUAUCCUUGAAGACAUGCAGGUCUAAAGUAUUCAAAAUAUUUGCAUGAUUUACCUUGUUUAGGAUAUAUAUUUUUUAUCCUGUUGAUCAGCCAAAGGGUUUUUUGCUCACAAAGGUUUUAAGGCCUUUAAACAUUUAAAAAAUGGAGUUGAGGAACCAAACUAUUUAUUAAUCUGAGCCCUUUAAAAACAUGAAAUUAAUAGGAAUGACAGGAUGUUAAAUGGGAAGUAGAUGCUAUUCCAUCUUGUUGAAGAUCAUAUCCAAACAGAAGCUGUCACUUGUCCAGGAUAUUGGAGCUACCAUUUUUAAAAUUUAUUUAUUAGUCCAAUUUAUAUGCCGCCCUUCUCCGUAGACUCAGGGCGUCUUACAAUGCAUUAUAGCAAUAGGCUGAAUACUUUUAUGUAUAUACCUGCUUAUUAGGGCUUUCGGCCCCCCCCUAAGCGGGGUUGUUCUAUACAAAGAUGGCUUAUUGCUCCCACAAUCCGGGUCCUCAAUUUACCUACCUCGAAAGGAUGGAAGGCUGAGUCAACCUUGAGCCUGGUGAGAUUUGAACUCGCACUAAUUGCAGGCAGCUGGCAGCUAAGUGCUAGCACUUAAUAGCACUUAGUCCGCUGCACCACCGAGGCUCAUUCAGAAAAUUGUGAUUCAGAAAGUUUUCACAGAAAAAAGUCCCAAACCACAAAUGUCUAUGGAGAUUCUCAGUCAUCCAGGUCAUGGCUGUCCCAAAGGUGCUUUUUCAAAAGGCAACUGGACUUUCUUGUUUUUGCCUUGAAGAUGUUUCGCUUCGCAUCCAAGAAGCUUCUUAGUUGAACUGAACAGAGAACUGAAGAAGCUUCUUGGAUGAGAAGCGAAACAUCUUCAAGAAAAAAAAAACAAAAGUUGCCUUUUGAAAAAACACCCUUGAGCCAAACCAUAAAAUGUUUUUCUGCCCUUAAAGUAACAGGCUUGUGGGUCUGCGCUGAGACUUAUGUACGGUACUUUAUGAUACCUAUUUCUGAUGAGAAGAAGGCUACAUUGAAGAUUAAAGUUCCUUGUGCACACUCUUGAAAUGUUUUCGCAUUAUAUAAUCCAUUCAUAUCUAUUUUCUGGCGUGCUGUGAACACCUCCCCCCCUCAGCAAAGACAAAGUUAAAUGUACCAUGGAUUACAUCACUUUCCAUCAGUAGCGUCGCUUUCCAUUCCACGGAGUUCUAGAAACUGCAAAACAUACUCCUUUAAGCCUGGUUUUAAGGUGUUAACUUGUAAUUUACAAAGAAAUGUGCUUCUCUAUAUUUGGAGUAUUUCUUAAUUUUACAGAAAACACUGCCUUUAGGUAUCCUAGUUUAGCUUUAGGAGUUAAAAUUAUCACGAAAAGCUAUAUUGUGGUAUGUUUAAAAUAUAUAGCAUGGCAUGAAAGCAGUUUCCUUGUGUUUUAUUAUAAGAAAAUCUUGUUACAUCAUAUGCAGGCCACAGUGUACAUGCAACAAAAUAGAAAUUUAAAAAGAUUGGGUGUCCCAUUGUUUUAGGGUGACGCGGUGGCUUGUAAAAAAAUUAAAGACGGGUAAAAGAGUUUUUUAUUGGGUUUUCACAUUCUAAUUUCCUGUUUUUCUCUUUGCAGGAACGUCAGAAUCAAAAUAAA